GCAAAAAUAAGACUUGAACGCAGCAUCACCCCCAAAUAUGGAGGACGAGCUUAGUUAGCUGCUGUCCGCUAAAUGUUUAAUAUGGUCCAGGAAAUAACUCCACAUGUUUAAUUUUGUGGACGGUUUUUGUUCAUUAGACGUUAUAAGGAAUCACUGCACAUACAUUUGUUUCAUUUACAUACAAUAAGUAGAACAAACCAAUCAUACUCUCCAAGAGGCAAUUAGCUAGCAAAUUAGCAUAACAGCGCUAAACCCAAGUAGCCCCGUGCCGCUUUUAGGGAGUUACAUCAGCCUGUGAUUGGAGGACAGUUUGCCACGUGCACAUUUCUUUACUAUGCCACACGAGCAAAUUUGUCUGACAGGUUGUAUUGGACGGCAGUACAGGAAUCUGACAAAGGUUCUGACUGCAGCUGCUGUGUAACCUCAUGCAGAAGGAACAGAAGCCGUGCACAGACUUUUAACUUUUUAUUGCAUUAAGUUGGGACUGCUUUUUAACAACCACAAUGGUGUUGAACUCAUUAGACAUUGAUGCACCACGAUGGGAUCAGUCUACGUUUAUGGGCCGACUGAAACACUUCUUCAAUAUCACAGACUGUCGCACAGUACUUCUAUCUGACGCACGCUUGGAUGAGGCCAAAGCUUUAGUAGAAACCUGCAGGGCAGGAUCCAUCCCUCCUGGCACCACAGAGGAGCAGCUCUAUUAUGCUAAGAAGCUGUACGAUUCGGCCUUCCAUCCAGACACAGGAGACCGCAUGAACCUUAUCGGCCGCAUGUCCUUCCAAGUCCCUGGAGGCAUGGCCAUCACCGGCUUCAUGCUGCAGUUCUACAGGACAGUUCCUGCUGUGGUGUUCUGGCAGUGGGUGAAUCAGUCCUUCAACGCUCUGGUCAACUACACAAACCGCAACGCUGCCUCCCCGAUCACUCCAAAGCAGAUUGGAGUAGCCUACGUUACAGCAACUAGUACGGCAUUAGCAACAGCUGUCGGACUCAACCUCUACACAAAGAAGGCGCCUCCUCUCGUAGCUCGCUGGGUACCUUUUGCAGCAGUGGCAGCAGCCAACUGUGUUAACAUUCCUAUGAUGAGGCAACAGGAGCUUCUGAAUGGCAUCGCUGUCACAGAUGAAAAUGGCAACAGACUGGGCCACUCUAAGAACGCAGCAGUGAAAGGCAUCACACAGGUGGUCAUCUCUCGGAUCGCCAUGGCUGCUCCAGGAAUGAUUAUCAUGCCCAUCAUCAUGCAGAGGCUGGAAAAAUUCAAGUUCAUGCAGAGGAUUGCAUAUCUCCACGCACCAAUUCAAGUGAUGAUGGUGGGAAUGUUUUUGAUCUUCAUGGUGCCGGCUGCCUGCUCCCUCUUCCCCCAGAGAUGCUCAAUGUCUGUGUGGAAGCUGGAGCCCGAGCUGAGAGACUCCAUCGUGUCUGAGUAUGGAGACGGCAUAGAACGAGUGUACUUCAACAAAGGCCUUUGAAGCUGGUGGCGGAGUAGCGUUAUCUGUUUGACACACAAGACAGAAUGCAUAUGUGUUUAUGUAAUUUUUCUUCUAUUUGUAACUUAGUAUCGAACGUGGGAACUCACUGUGGGAUAUUGGAACAGUCGUCACUUUAUCUGCUUGUUUUUCUUUGGGGUCAAAUUAUUUGAUAUUUUCUUACUUGAACCAUGACAGAAACAAGGGACACUGUGUACUCCUGUUGAGAAACCAAAUGAUCUCAUCUCAGGAACAGCACAUUACUUUGCCAGAUUAAAUGCUUGUUACUUUCUCCUUCACGGUGCAGCUCGUCUGUAGCUGUUUUCUCUGGCUGUUCUCUUUAACAGCAUCAUGUUCCUCCUGUCCGCCAGAGCUCUUUUUAAAAAUCUGUGCCUUUUACAAAGUGGCAACGCUGCUGGAUGUUCUCUUUUUAACCAGUACUGUAAGCCUGAAACGGUCAUUCAGUGUGAUGUCAGAUAAACUUUAAGAUAUGGAAGUUAUGUGAUAACGGUGGAGGAUACUGCCCUCUUCUGCCAUGACUGAGGUACAGUAGUUGUAUGACUUGUUUGCAUGAUUUAUCUGAGAGGUUUGCCAGUUGGACCUUUUCAAUGUUUAAACUGUCUUAUAAACUGGAUUAAAACCAAACGUAUUUAAAAUACAGUAACAUGUGAUGGAGCUUCUAU